GGAGCAGAUAUUGAUAUCACCGAUUCUGAAGGACGGUCUCCACUUCUAUUGGCAACUGCUUCUGCAUCCUGGAAUACUGUAAAUUUGCUCCUCUCUAAAGGUGCCCGUGUGGACAUAAAAGAUAAUCUUGGACGUAAUUUUUUGCAUUUGACUGUUCAACAGCCUUAUGGAUUAAAAAAUUUGCAUCCUGAGUUUCUGCAGAUGCAACAUAUAAAAGAGCUGGUGAUGGACGAGGACAAUGAUGGGUGCACCCCUCUGCACUAUGCGUGUCGACAGGGGGUCCCUGUCUCUGUAAACAACCUACUUAACUUUAAUGUGUCCAUUCAUUCCAAAAGCAAAGAUAAGAAAUCACCCCUGCAUUUUGCAGCCAGUUAUGGGCGUAUCAAUACCUGUCAGAGGCUCCUGCAAGACAUAAGUGACACGAGGCUUUUGAAUGAAGGUGACCUGCAUGGAAUGACUCCUCUCCACCUGGCUGCAAAGAACGGGCAUGAUAAAGUUGUUCAGCUGCUUCUGAAAAAGGGUGCAUUAUUUCUCAGUGACCACAGUGGCUGGACUGCUUUGCAUCAUGCUUCCUUGGGCGGGUAUACUCAGACCAUGAAGGUCAUUCUCGACACUAACUUGAAAUGCACAGAUCGGCUAGAUGAAGAAGGGAACACCGCGCUUCACUUCGCGGCGAGGGAGGGCCAUGCCAAAGCCGUCUCCCUGCUCCUGAGCUACGAUGCCGAUGUGGUCCUGAACAAGCAGCAGGCCUCCUUCCUGCACGUUGCAAUUCACAAUAAGAGAAAGGAGGUGGUCCUCACGACCAUCAGGAACAAAAGAUGGGGAGAGUGUUUCAAGGUUUUUAAUCAUUGUUCUCCUACGAAUAGAUGUCCAGUCAUAGAACUGGUAGAAUACCUCCCUGAAUGCAUGAAAGUACUUUUGGAUUUUUGCGUUAUGCCCUCCACAGAAGACAAGUCCUCCCAAGACUACCAUAUCGAGUAUAAUUUCACAUAUCUUCAGUGUCCAUUAGAAUUCACCAAAAAAGGAACACCUGUACAGGACGUUGUAUAUGAGCCUCUUUUAACUCUCAAUGCAAUGGUGCAACAUAACCGCAUAGAGCUUCUCAACCACCCUGUGUGUAAAGAAUACUUACUUAUGAAAUGGUUGGCUUAUGGGUUUAGAGCCCAUGUUUUGAACCUAGGAUCUUACUGUCUUGGUCUGUUUCCCAUGACCUUUCUUGUUGUCAGUAUCAGACCAGGUAUGGCUUUCAACUCAACUGGAAUCAUCAAUGAAACUAGUGCCCAUUCAGAAAUUUUAGACACCAAGAAUUCCUACGCUAUAAAUUUCUGUAUGAUUUUAGUUUUGCUCUCAAGCAUAUUAGGAUACUGCAAAGAAGUGGCCCAAAUUUUCCAACAG